GCCCUGAGGCUGAGGGGCGAGACGGCGAUUUCGCGAAUUUUCUUCGAGAGAGAGAGAGACUGUAACGCCGUACGAAGACUCUCAUCGUCAAUCUCCCGUGUUCAACUUCUGAUCUUUCCAUUUUUUUUUUUUCAGUUUUUCAAGAAAAAAAAAAUUCUUGAAUCUUUUCGAAGUUCCUCCUCGCCCAAUUCCCUAAAUUUUCCAUUCGAUCCUUCGCCAUCGCUGCUGUUUCAAACCUCCUCUUUAUCAUUUGAUCACCUUUCGAGGCUCCUUCAAUUGAGUCUCGAAUUAUUCCUCCCAGUGGGUUUGAGGUUUCGAUUUUUCGAAAUCCAUUAGGGAGUGGCUGCGGCUCGGUCAGUUUACAGUCUUGUAAAGAUUAGGAUUCGUGUUAUUGGAAGGCUUGGGGGAUGGCAGGAAGAUGGUGAAGCAGAACCAUGAGUGGCAGUGAGAUGGAGAAACCACCAAAAGACAAGGAGACGAAGACACCGCCUCCUACUACCCAGGAGCAGACUUCAACCACAAGCGCCGGCGCAGUUAAUCCUGAUUGGUCAGGUUUUCAGGCAUAUUCUCCUAUUCCUCCUCAUGGUUUCUUGGCAUCAAGCCCUCAAGCCCACCCAUAUAUGUGGGGAGUUCAGCAUAUUAUGCCUCCUUAUGGCACGCCUCCACAUCCAUAUGUUGCAAUGUAUCCACCUGGUGGCAUAUACGCUCAUCCGUCCAUUCCCCCGGGAUCAUAUCCUUUUAGCCCAUUUGCAAUGCCUUCUCCAAAUGGCAUCACUGAGGCCUCUGGUAAUACCGCAGGCAGUUUGGAGGGAGACGUUAAGCUACCUGAAGUGAAGGAAAAGCUGCCAAUUAAAAGAUCAAAAGGAAGUUUGGGCAGUUUGAACAUGAUUACAGGGAAGAAUAAUGAGCUCGGUAAAACAUCUGGAACAUCUGCCAAUGGAGCAUACUCUAAGAGUGCUGAGAGUGCCAGCGAAGGUUCAAGUGAAGGAAGCGAUGCCAAUUCUCAAAAUGAAUCACAACCUAAGUUAGGUUCCAGGAAAGACACUUCGGAAGUUGAAGCAUCUCAGAAUGGUAACUCUAUGCAUGGUACUCAAAACGGAGGAUCUAAUACUCAGGCAAUGGCUGCCAUCCCAUUGGCAACUGCUGGGGCCCCGGGUGUCGUUCCUGGUCCCCCAACCAACUUAAAUAUUGGAAUGGACUAUUGGGGUGCACCAUCCACUAUCCCUGCAAUGCGUGGAAAGGUUCAAUCCGCUCCAGUUGCUGGAGGACUAGUUACCACUGGAUCUCGGGAUGGCAUGCAGUCACAACUUUGGUUGCAGGAUGAGAGAGAGAUUAAACGACAGAGAAGAAAGCAAUCAAAUAGAGAAUCUGCACGACGUUCCCGGUUACGUAAGCAGGCAGAAUGUGACGAAUUAGCACACCGAGCUGAAGCAUUACAAGAAGAGAAUGCCAGUCUUAGGUCUGAAGUGAACCGGAUAAGGAGUGAAUAUGAACAACUACUUUCAGAGAAUGCUUCUCUGAAGGAACGACUCAGGGAAGUUCCAGGAAAUGAAGAACUAAGGACCAGCAGGAACGGCCAGCACUCGAGUAACGAAACCACUCAACUUACAGAGUCAGCGGUCGUGCAAGUCGGUAACAAGAAUUGAAUCUUCCCUUCCUGCUUACUGCUGCAUUUUUACGCGCAUAACCUAACUAAUUUGUCAACCCCAAAAUUUUAGUUCCCAUAGCUUGUAGUUCUAGUUUAAAUGUAAGCUGCUGACCUGUUGUAGUUUUAGGACUGUUUGUUCCUGCAAUCCAUUAUCAUAUCUCCAUGGGGUGUAUCCUUAACUGUAAAAGCCCACAAAGAUUAGAUAUUUGGUGUGUGAAUUUAUUCUUGUAGCAUUCACACGUUAGCUUCUGUACUAAAACCGUCCACAUUAUUAACUAUUGUUAAUUUGGAGAAAAGUUAAUACACCUUGGCAAGGCUUUACUUUUUUUUGUA